AGAAGGUGUAGGAUAGCGUGGGCUAGAAUGUUUGCAGUGUGCUGUGUUGUGGCUCCUCACGAUUAAUGCAUUCGUGUUUUCCGAUCGCGCACAAUAUUGUCUUUAAAGCUGUAGAAAUGUAGUUUAGGCUCGACUUCGCUUGUAACUUCUCCGGAAAGGGACAUUACAGGGACAUUAGCUGUUACAUGUAACGCUCUGAUCAGAGAGACCGCCUGCAUUAGAACAAACUGCAACUUCCUUUUUUUGUUGUUGUUGGCUUUAGUUUAAAUGCCAAUAUCUUAAUCUCAGUUCCUCAGGAUAUGAUUUCGGAGGAUGGAAACGAACGACGACGUGUCGGUUAGAGAGCAGCUCUUCCACGACCGGGUCCGAGAGAUCAUCAUUUGCGUGCAGCUCUUUGUCUGCCUAUACAUCUUGUCCUACUUCAUUCUGACACACUUCAAGAAGAAUGCCGAGUUUGUUACGGAUGACGUUGAGGAUGCUACUGUGAAUAAAAUCGCGUUGUGGUUGUGUACGUUCACUCUCUCCGUAGCCGUGGGUGCAGUUCUCCUCCUGCCCAUCUCCAUCCUGUCCAAUGAAGUCCUGCUCUCUUUUCCGCACAACUACUACAUGCAGUGGCUCAAUGGGUCGCUUAUCCACGGUCUCUGGAACUUGGUCUUUCUCUUUUCCAACAUCUCCUUGGUCUUCCUUAUGCCCUUCGCUUACUUCUUUACAGAGUCAGAAGGCUUUGUUGGCUCCAGAAAGGGUGUCAUGGCCCGGGUGUACGAGACCACCGUGAUGCUGGUUCUGCUCAGUCUGCUGGUGCUCGGCAUUGUGUGGGUGGCAUCAGCGCUCCUCCAUGAUAACAUCGCCAGGGAAAGUCUCUAUGACCUGUGGGAGUACUACCUGCCCUACCUCUAUUCUUGUAUCUCACUGUUCGGAGUGCUGCUGCUAUUACUAUGCACUCCCUUUGGAAUGUCACGCAUGUUCAGCAUCACUGGAAGUUUUUUGGUUAAACCACGGCUGCUGGAGGAUGUGGAAGAGACGAUGAACUGUGCUGUGUUUGAGGAGGCUUCUCUCUCCCGGAAACUUAAAAGUAGCAGCACCUCCUGCUGGCUGAGCCUAAAUAUGGAGGCAAUGAAGAGGCAGUUUGUGAGCAUACAGGCCAAGCGCAUGGCUCUGGAGACACGGAGAAAGGCGUCUGCAUGGCAGCGAAACCUGGGCUACCCACUUGUCAUGCUACUGCUCUUAGCGUUAACUGUGGUGUGCGUGUUGAUGGUAUGUUUCCAUGUGCUGGAACUGCUUUUUGAUGAGUCUGCCAUGCCUAGAGGGAUGGAGGACCCUCACCUGGGCUUAGCUUCGUUCUCUAUGUUUGGCUCUUUGGGGGCCACAGUGCAAGUCGUUCUUAUCCUCUAUCUGAUGGUGUCCUCAGUGGUAGGUUUCUACAGCUCUCCUCUUUUCAGCAGCCUUCGUCCUCGAGCUCAAGACACCAACCUCACACAGAUCAUAGGGAACUGUGUGUGUCUCCUGGUUCUCAGUUCAGCCCUGCCUGUGUUCUCUCGUACUCUGGGAAUCACAAGGUUUGAUCUGCUUGGGGACUUUGGAAGGUACAACUGGCUGGGAAACUUCCACAUAGUCUUCCUGUAUAACGUGCUGUUCGCUGGUCUCACCUCCGCCUGUUUAAUCAACACAGUCACGUGGGCUGUGCAGAGGGAACUCAUCCGUGCCUUUGGUCUCCAUCGCCUGCCUUGUACCGUGUCCCGAUCUGCAGUCCAUUUCCGGCUCCUGUUGGCGAGUGGACUCUCAAAAAUCCAAUGAUGGCGAUUUUCCAGGUAGAUCAGCUGAGGAAGCGUUUUCGUAUCCAGUGGAAAAUUCCAGACCAGACUUGUUCAGUCUCAGCCUACGAGUGAUGAGAUCACCAGUAGGCUAGUGGAGGAAUGAGGUUUCUUGCAGUCUGGUGAAGGUCAAAGCAGCUGCUUGGGAAGUGAUCGUCACAUCUUGACCUACAGGACUUUAAGCUUUUACUGCAGGUUUUAUUGCAGGUACUGUGUGUGGUUCCAGAAACACGCGAAGUUCUUAAAUUGCUGCCUUCAUGUUCUCUGAAGGUCCUGUGUUUACAUUUUUUGAACAAACACCUUGAUGAAAGUGUGCGCUGGCUGUCAGAGGUGCCACACUGACACAUAGCCGUUCACUGAAGCUAUUUCAGAAAAUGACCUCUUAAACUCGACUGUCCCUUUCCUGUUGAGCUCUGUACAGCAGCCAAGACGCCUUCCUCCCAUCCACCACUAUUUUUAGUGUGCAUCCAUCCCAUUGCAGUUCCUCAUGGGUCUUAAUGACACUUUUGGAGGAAGGCUGUUGCAGGAAGCCCAGUCUGCUGAGAGAGGGAGGAUACAGGAUGCUCCUUACAGUUAGAUGAAACAAUCUUUUUAGAGUGAAUAGAGAGUACGUUUUUCUCUUUGUGGAAUUUUUCCCUCAGUGUUCGGAAAAGCUCUGAGUUCUACAGAGCCAUGAUUAUCUUUUACAGAUGAUUUUCACAAGCACCUUAUUUUCAAUCUUGCCUUCUUUGAUAUAUCCAGGUUUUAAAACUGUCUUGGACCAUUGUAACUGUGAAUUUUUUUUUAUUAUUAUGUGGUAAUUAACCAUGUGCAAUAAUAUAUUGGAAGUGUGUGCUGGAUAUAAGAUUAUAUAAGAUUCCAUCUAUGCCAUGACAUGUAGUGUCUAGUCAGUGAAAUGCAAACACUUUAUAAUCACAGAUAUACAGGAGAAAUGAACUUGCCUAACUGACAUUGAUACUACUUUUCUUCUCUGGGGCUAUUUUAUAAUUUUUAUUAUUAUUGUUAUUAUUAUUUUUUACAAACUAUUUAUACACAUCACGUUUACUUCAUUUGCUGUAUCAGCAUGUUUUAAACAAACGUUCUACAAGUAAUGGCCAGAAGGGGACAGUAUAUUCCAGUCACACUACAAGGUUGUGAUUUUAAUAUGCCAUUUAUUUCUCCUGAUAGGGUAUGCCAUUUUAUUUUUUUGCUUUCAUACACUAUCACUAAUGAGCUCACUUUUUUUCCCACAAUAUGCAUUUGUUUUGCAUGUGGUUGAUUGUAGAAAGAUUGAAAGACAUCUUGAGCUGUCUCAAUUAAAACAUUGAGCUACAGAAAUCCAAUCAUCUUAGAUUGUUAAGAAGGUUUUUUAACAAAAAAAAAGAAAAGAAAACAAAAACCUAUACAGUGACAUGGGUAGAAAAAUAGUAAUGAAUUCUGAACACAAUUUCACAUUGUUUACAUUGUCUGUAAAUGAACUUUUGAAUCACACAAAAGAACAAUAAAUGUAUUUUCAUCUGUUUUUUCUAAA